AUGCCGAACAAGGUGCUUCAACUAGAUGCAUUGUCGUUGGAUAUAGAGCUUCUUAAAACUCUAAAUUCAAAGUUAUCAGUCGCAUUUGGAGAUUCCAAAUUACCUAUUAAUAUACAAAAAUUUGGAACUAGAUUCGCUUUGGAACUCGAACUGAUAUUGAAACUUUUCCUUUUCAAAUCAACUAUUUGGAGCAAAGGUAACACGUAUGGUCUUCGAUUACAGAAUUUAACACUUCAUGAUUUAGGUGCUCCAUAUAGGCAGAAUAUAUCAAAACUUCGAAAGUUGUUUCUUCUAUCAUCAAUUGUUGGUUCAUAUUUAUAUUCCAGGUUCGAAAAGCAGUUGUAUUCUUCCGAAUUAGAACUCAACGCACCAAAUCUUACUGAAAGAUCACUGAUCAAAUCUUUAGGUAAACUAGUUCGACAGCUUAACAAAUAUUAUGCUAUUCUCUCUCUUGCUAAUUUUGUUACUUUCCUUUUGAACGGAAAGUUUCCAAGCUUGAUGGACAGGAUAUUAAAAGUGUCGUACAUUCCUAUAUCAAAUACAGAGGUGUCUUUGGCAUCAAAUCCUGAGGCUAUAUCUUAUGAAUUUCAAGAUCGUCAGCUUGUCUGGAACACGCUGACCGAAUUCUUAGCAUUUACUCUUCCGUUGAUUUCAAUUAAAAAGUUUUUGAUAAGUUUAAAGAGUAUAUUUCAUAUUAAUAAGUAUACAAAGAAGACAAUGAUAGAUGGAAGCAAUAAUAUUCAUCGUUUCCUUCCUCAAGCCUGUUGUGCAAUAUGCUACAAAAAGAGUUCGGAGAAUUUGCAUAAUGGAGAAGAUGUCUCGAUAGAGGAUAAUUUAGUCACAAAUCCAUAUAUUACCAACUGCGGACACUUGUAUUGCUACUAUUGUAUCAUAAAUAAGUUGGACGACUAUAACGAGCUCAAUGGGGGAGUUUUGGUUGAUAAAGUUUCUGAUGAUGGUACUCAUUGGAACUGUUUACGCUGUGGAAAGCCAGUAUUAUUCUGCAAGCCAUAUGAUGGAGAUUGCCAGCAGUUUAUUCCAAGAGUUUCAAGUACAAUGAUGGACGAUAACGAAUUGGAGAGUUCUGAUGAUGGUGAAGUUUCAAAUUUUAACGAAUCGGAUGAUGAGGGAAACAAUCAAAGCAUGGAUAAUAUCGAACCCAAACGUAGCAAUGUUGAUGACUACGAAAACUUUGAAGAUAGUGAGGUGUGA